AUAUUUUGCCAACUCAACCUCCCACCCACCACUUUUCUUUUCAGGUUUCUCCACAGAUCGUCAUUAUGACUUCAUCAUCUCCUGAAAAAUUGGCCAGUUCUACCCAGUCUCCAUUCAUUGUUAGUGCUCCUGGGAAAGUUAUCAUCUUUGGUGAACAUUCCGCCGUGUAUGGUCAACCUGCUAUUGCCGCAGCAUUAAGUUUACGUUGUUACUUGUUAGUUUCUCCAAACGACAACGACAGAAUAACUUUAGAGUUUCCUGAUAUCAAGUUGAAUCAUAGCUGGAACAAGCAUGAUAUCCCGUUCGAAGCUAUAAAGUCGUUGGUUAAACUCGACGAUAAAGGUCGUCCAAAGGUCACUGAAGAACUAGUUCCCGAGAUUUCUGACAAGUUGUCACCAUUGCUUGAGAAUAUUGAAUCAAAAAUGCAUCAUACUGCUUGUUUCUGUUUCCUUUACUUGUACAGUAACUUGGUUUCCCAAGAAACUCCAGGGAUGAAAUUUGUUGUGAGAUCUACUUUACCUAUUGGUGCUGGAUUAGGUAGUUCUGCCUCCACUUCUGUAUGUCUUGCGUCUGCAUUAGCUGUACUUGGAAACUGGGUAACCAAGGCUUCAUUUUCUCAUGACGAACCUGCAACUGAUAAAGAUGCCGAGGAAUUGGAAUUUAUUGACCAAUGGUCCCUUAUUGGAGAAAAAUGUUUCCAUGGUAAUCCAAGUGGUAUUGACAAUGCUGUUGCUACCCAUGGUGGUGCUGUUAUGUUUCAAAGAAACGUCGGCGCGGAUAACCAACCUUCAGUACGAACCAAUAUCCGUAAUUUCCCCGAGUUAAAACUCUUGCUUACCAACACCACUGUUCCUAGAAGUACUGCCAAGUUGGUUGGUGGAGUAGGCGAAUUAACCAAACGAUACCCUACGAUUUUCAAGGAUGUUUUAAACUCCAUGGGUAACUUAUCCGUGGAAGCCCAUGAUAUUAUGACCACAUCUAAGUUUGGAGAAUUAGAACAAAAGAAGUUACAAGACCUUAUUAAUGUCAAUCACGGUUUGCUAGUCGCAUUAGGUGUUUCCCAUCCUUCCUUAGAACAAGUUAAGAUAAUUGGCGAUAAAUUCAAUAUCGGCGCUACCAAAUUGACAGGAGCAGGAGGUGGUGGAUGUGCAAUUACAUUGGUUAAUGCCAAUGUAGAUGAAACUGAAUUAAAGAAGGCGAUGGAUGAAUUUUCUCAACAUGGAUUUGAAUGUUUUGAUACCUCAUUAGGAGGCAAAGGAGUGGGUGCAUUAUAUUCAGAAGAUAUUUCCAAUGCCGAUUUGUUUUCCACCGAGUUAUUUUGUGGAUAUAGAGAUAGACAUGAAAUAGAGCAGGCAUUAGGAAUUGCCAACAAUAAUGAAUGGAGAUUUUGGUAAUUUACCUCUAGCUAGUAACUAAUAAUAAUAUGCAUAAUCUAGAUACCUCUAUUAAAUUCUAAUGCAGUAAUUUCAUUCCCGUUUUUAUCCUUUAACCCAUGGAAUUGUGGUUCUAAUGUAGUAACUGGUAAUACUCUUCUUUGUGGGAACACACCCAAGGCGAAUGGUAAUGCUACAAGGGAAGUUGCAAAAAUCAAUCCAAUAUUUACAGCAGUUUCGACUGCCUUGCUCUUACCCUUUAACAAUCUUGUUUUUUGAAGUCUCAUUAAUAUCAAUGGAGGAAUGACCAUAAUUGGAGUGGCGUUAAUCACACGACUUGCAGCGGUUUCACCCACGGCGUACCAUGCGGCCGUUUUCGAUGUUCCAACUUCAGUUCCCAGGUGACCAAACACGGAAAUCCCCUUCUUUAAUUCUUCACUUCUCAUUAAAAAUACAUUAACAACACCCGCUGAAACAACGGCAGCAAACGGAACCAAUCUUCCUAAAACGGUUCUGGUGGUUGGCAGAAGCGAUUUUAACUUUGGAACAAUUGAAUUAAGACCCACAGCAACUGAACAACUUGCAGUCACAGCCAUGGCAUAAUUGGUGGCGAUUUGCAUGGUAGUUAAAGGAUGUGAUUUGUUAGCAUUGGCGGUGUUUAUAGCCACAUUCAAACUUUGGUUUGCUACUUGCCAAAACAAAGUACCUGCAGUACCUAAUCCAGGUGUUAACAUACCUGCAGUAACCACCAAGUUUGAUAAUACACACGAACUCAUUCUGAAAGGCAAAAAGACUUUUUCACCAGUAUCUGGGUGCAAUGAGGAGUCGAGGAUUUGUUUAGCUCUCCAUAAAUCUGGUGUCAUCUGAGGCAAUACCCCAUUUUUAUAAUCCCAUACUAAUCGUUUCGCUUGUUCAAGUUGAUGAGGAGUUGUAAGAAGCAUGGUUGGGUCCAGGAUUUCGGCACAGUGACGAACACGACCAAAAUAUGUGCUGAGAUCAUAUUUGGAAGCAGGAAGUGGUACAGGACCAGAUAUUGAUGAAGCCAUUGGUUAGCAACUGUUGGUAUAUUGUUGGGAAAAUUUUUUGACUCAUUGCUAAGAAAAAGAAAAAGAAAAAAUAGCCGCGGUAUUCAAUAUACGAGAUAAAGCAACAAGAUUUGUAAACUGGUUGAUUGAUGUAGCUAG